GGUCACAAGAAAAGACAAGUGAUAGAAACAAUGGUGGGUUGCCUUAAUAAUAUGUUACGGAGAUAUCAAGAAAAUGUUACUUACAAAUAGCAAUGAAGAUUUUACAAAAUGUUAAAUGUGUAUCAGGUCAAUUAGUUGCUAAAACACUACUAUGUAUCCUACUACAGUUGCAGUGCUCCUUCUAGUACUCACCGGUAUCUUUUUCUGGCGUUGGUGGUCCACCCAUCUUCGCCACAAAACCCUACCACCUGGCCCGGUUCCGUUACCGGUCAUCGGAAGCCUCCACUUAUUAGGAAGCCUCCCACACCGUUCCCUACAUAAGCUAUCCCAAAAGUACGGUCCCAUCAUGUCGGUCCGUCUUGGCUCGGUUCAGUUUGUGAUAGUCUCGUCACCGGAUGCCGCUAAACUGUUCCUGGGGACCCAUGACAUCAUCUUUGCUUCUCGUCCUCAAAUCCAAGCUGCAAAGUAUCUAUCUUAUGACAACAAGGGCAUGACUUUUUCAGAAUACGGACCGUAUUGGCGGAGUGUAAGAAAGUUUUGCACGGUGGAGUUGCUGAGUGCUACAAAAGUUAAUGGUUUUGCUGGGAUGAGAAGAGAGGAGAUUGGGCUGAUGGUGGAGGAGAUGAAAGCUGCGGCAAAGGCGCGUAAGCUGGUGAACUUGAGUGAGACAGUAAGUUCGGUGAUCGAAGGGAUGGUGUGUAGGAUGUUGUUUGGCAAGAAAAAUGAUGAGAGGUUUGUUUUCAAGACUGUUAUUGAUAAGAGCAUGGAAGCAACGGGUAUAUUCAAUUUGGCUGAUUAUGUGCCUAUGUUGGCUCCGUUUGAUCUUCAGGGUUUGACUAAACGCUUUAAGUCAUUAAGUAAGGAGCUUGAUGAAAUGUUUGAGAUUUUGAUAGACGAACAUGAAAAACGCAAUCAGGCAUCCGAGUCUCCAAAUCGUGAUCAAAUGGACUUCAUCGACAUAUUGCUAUCACUAAAACAAGAGUACUCAAACACCCAUGACAAUCUAUCCUAUACAAUUGAUAGAUCAAACAUGAAAGCCAUAUUACUAGAUAUGGUAGCCGGUGCCAUUGACACUGCCAAAACAUCCAUUGAAUGGAUUCUAUCUGUUCUUAUUAAACAUCCUAGAGUAAUGAAGGAGCUACAAAAAGAGUUGAAAACUAUGGUUGGAGAUAAACUGUUGGUUGAAGAAUCGGAUUUGACAAGGUUAAGAUACCUACACAUGGUAGUUAAGGAAACUUUUCGGCUUUAUCCAGUAGCUCCACUCUUGGUUCCUCAUCAAUCUAUGGAGGACAUCGCGAUCAACGGUUACACUAUACCAAAGAAAACACGAGUUCUUGUAAAUUAUUGGGCAUUUGGACGUGACCCGAAAGUUUGGUCCGACAAUUGGGAUGAGUUUCUUCCCGAGAGGUUUCUUGACAACGAAUUUGAUUUUCGGGGACAUGAUUUUAAGCUUAUACAAUUUGGCAUCGGAAGAAGAGGAUGCCCUGGAAUGAAUCUGGGAUUACUAAAUAUUGGCUUGGUGGUUUCUAACAUGGUGCAUUGGUUUGAUUGGGAGCUACCAAAUGGCAUGUCACCAACUGAGUUGGACAUGAAAGAAAAAUUUGGAUUAACUACCCCAAGAGAGAAGCCCUUAUUUGCUAUUCCAACAUACUGGACCUAAGUAUCAUCGCGUAAAAUGUUGAGCUUCAUAAAAUCAUACUAAUAAAUAAUAUGUUUGUAUUUGUAUUGUUAUGAAACUCUUUUUUUUUUUUUUUUUGUUUAGAUAUAAAAAUGGUUGUAAUGACCUAUCCAUAAUGAUCAUGA